GUACUUAUUUCAUUUAAUACGGUGUUUGACAACAUUCAAAAUACUCUACAAAAUAUAGAUAUUUUACGAGACAAUAGUCUAAAGAAUACCACUUCUACUUUAUUUUAACAAAAUAAUGUAUAUUAUUUACAUAUUUCACAAAAUAAAAAUGAAGUUUUUUUAAAUAAUUUCACGUGAAUCGAAACGCUCUGUGAUUGGUGGUAACACUCGUGACGUCACACGCCAGCGAACAGGUGUUUUGCGCUAUUGAUUGUCGUUGGAGUUUACUGUGUUUUGGCUGUAAUUUCUAUUUGUAAACUAUUUUCGAAGAAUUACUUGUUACUACUUGCUACUACGGACAUUGUUUAUAACUAGUGUUAUUAAUAUUAGUUUACCAUACUAAAAAUGGACGCAAAUUUUGUGCAAGCCGAUAGCAGCAACUUACCCAGGAUAGACGCUUUAAUGGUUGCACUUUUUUUUAAGAAUAACGCUGAUUAUUAUUCAUCUGAACUAAAAAAUGUGAAAACAGCAGUGUCUGCAAGGGAAUCUUAUGGUGACGACGCCAUUGGCUAUGUGCAAAUCAAACGGGAGCAAGGAGUUUGCACAAUGAAAUGCAAAAUAUGCCCAGAGCAUAAAGUUCGGUCAAAGGCAUAUAAUGUAACAAUGAUUAUCAAUGAAGAAGAUAGUGAAGUCAUUAGCUGCCAGUGCCUUGACUGUGCUGCUUCAGCUGGGGGAUGCAAGCAUUCAGUUGCUUUCCUGAUGUGGGUCCAUCGUCGCACUGAGGAACCUGCAUGUACUUCAGUAGAAUGCUACUGGAAAAAACCUAUUCUAUCGCGAGUAGGGACCACUAUGAAAUAUAUCACUGUUGAGCAGAUGUGUGAGAAAGCAGUGCCUCAUAGACCAAGUUCAUCUGAACUAUAUAAUGAAUUCAUUUCUGUGGCCAAAUCUAGAAAUAUAACCAAAUGUGAAUUACUUAAAUAUCAAAAUGAUUUUAAACAUAAAGAUGUCAUGCAGUAUUCAUUACACUGUUUUUUGAUGAAUCAAUCAGAGGAAACUAGUGCUGAUGUUGAUAAAUUUGUUGAAGUGAUGAAGACAAAUAUCACAGAGGCUGAAAUAAGUGCCAUAGAAGAAGCAACGAGAAAUCAAGAUAAAAGCAGUUUGUGGUAUGAGAUGCGUUAUGGCCGUAUCACAGCUUCAAAAGCAUAUCAAGUGAGUGUUUGCCGGACACCAGAAGGGUCAUUGAUUGCUACUGUGAUGGGUGCAAAAAUACCAGAUACGCUAGCAAUGAAAAGAGGAAGAACUUUAGAAAAGGCAGUCCGAAAGAAAGUUGCUUCCAUAUUGAACAAAAAAAUAAGUAUAUGUGGACUUUACGUAUGUAAUGAGAGUCCCAUGAUUGCAGCAUCUCCUGAUGGCCUAACAAAGGAUGCUGUUAUUGAAAUAAAAUGCCCUACUCAGGCUAAAACCAAAGAGAACUAUAUAAAAAAUGGAGUAAUUACAGAAAAAUUUAAUGCACAGGUGCAAUUACAAAUGCAUGCAACUAGCAUGAAAAAAUGCUAUUUCUGUGUUGCAGAUAGCAAAUUUGAAGAGAACCAAAAGGUGGAUAUUCUUUUAGUGCAUUAUGAUAGUGCUUAUACCCAUAAUUUACUGCAAAAGCUGGUUACUUUUUGGAAAAAUAAUGUUUAUCCAGUUUUGUACCGUAGCACUAGGGUGACAGAUUAAUAAAUAAAAAUGUUUUCUGUGA